AGAUGGAGGUGAAGUUUUCGCCGUUUCAGUUCAUGUUAACACAAAACACCGCGAGAAGGCCAGUCGUCGUCGAUUGGCGUUCGUUGGUCGAUGUCUGUACAAUUUUGAUGUCGCGCUAUGUGAAGUGCAGGAAAGCAAGUGUGUGCAUGUGUAAAAGAGACACGGUAUAAAAAUUAUGUGAAUGUGGAUAUCGAGUGCAAUCCCCCAUCGUUUCAAAUAAACUUUCAAAAUUGACUGUACAGCCAAAUAUGUUUCGGAUAUAUUAUAUUUACAAGGAUAUAUUAGAUAUUUAAAAGAUUGAUAACCUGAAGAUGAACACGAACAGAAACGGGUUAGAUGGCGAUUGUAACUGCCGUAUAAAACUUAAACGAGUCCUUGCGAUUGUUAUGAGGAAGGAAGGAUGCAGAGGUGAUCCUGGAGAUUUUUGGAUGUACGAAAACGGUUAUUUAUUAUUUCAGGGAUUGCUUUCUGCUAAUUCAAUCUGUUGGUGGAAUAACGGCCUAAACGGAGCUACUAAAAAUUUAGUUUAUAAUGGUUACGUGAAUCCUGGUGCGCUGCUGGUUGCAGCAGAACCUUGUGCCUUGGAAAUUUUGAGAAACGCUUGGUCUAGAAGGGUUCUGCAACCACCUCCAGGAUACCAAAUAGUAGCUUUAGAAGACAUAGAAGAAUCAACGAUAACUCCAGUACCACAAACCCAAUGGACACCUCUUCCGGAAGCAGUUUGUUCGGUUGUUUUGAGGUUAUCGAGUCAAGGAAGACCGGCCGGUCUCGAAACAAUAAGAGAAUCUCUAAUAAUGGCUUUUCCACAUGUAUCACCUCCAAGUGAACAAGCUCUUUACGACACCUUGGUACAAUUAACGAAAGAAAAGAAACUCUAUAAUACAUCAAGCGGUUAUUAUAUAGUUACACCAGAGCGAAGACGUUCGAGGAGCCAAUCAAGAGGAAGAAAGAAAGAUGAUAUUGGUGUCGAUUCCUCAGCUAAUAAAACGAUGCUCAUGUCGACUGAAGAAGCAGUGGUUAUGGUUCACGGUGAUAUAGCUACUAUUAGAGAUGGCAACGUUACACAUCAAUGUAUACAAACCAAUUUAGCCGACGUUAUAUGCGGAGGUAAUGCCAGCGAUAAAAUACUGUACGCUCGUACCAAACGACGUUCCUCUUCGUUUCCUUCUCCCAGAAGUCCAGACAGAAGAGGAUCGUUCAGACUUUGGAAUUCCAAUAGAAGACUUCGAAGAUCAGCUUCUACUAGAACAAUCGCUAAACAUUAUGUGGAUACAAGCAGUAGUACCGAGUAUCCCCAUAGUGGGGAAUCUACGCCCACUCCAAAAAAAGUAUCACUACUAUCAAGGCUGUUUAGAAGAUCGAAACGUUCUCAGUGCCAUAUCGGAACGUUUGGAGCUCAAUUUCCACCAACAGAAUGGUUCAAUUCAAAAGCUGUUCAUUUACAUAACGUUGGUACUCAAACAGCCACACCAGAUAAGGAAAAUGGUAUUAACAUUGCGGCAUAUAUAGAAACAUGCGAAAUUAGUUCCUCUAGAUCGGCAUCUUUACCACGAAACCACCGAAGACAACUUUCCACUGAUUUAACAUUCGCCACUCCUUUAACUGGAUCGAGAGAAAACUCCCCCAUAUCUCGAUACAUAAAUUCGUCUUAUUCUAGUAGUACUUUACCGAGAAAACACGCUUAUAGAAGCCGGGAAAGUUCGAGAAAAGCGAGUAAAAAUAAACCGUCAACUAACCAAGAAAAUAAACAACAAGAACUCACCGAAACCGUUAUUAAUGAAAGACUGUGUUCACCUUCAUUAGAUUCCACCGCGAAUUUAAGCUUAGAAGAUAAUUCUAGCUCAAUCGCAGAUUCCCCGGUGAAAAAUUUAUCGAGUAUUGAUAACAGCGGACCGAGCAGUAUAGAGUCUCAUAAGAGCAGCAAAACCGGUAGCUCAAUAACGAGCGGACCAUCCAGUUUGGAAUCCCACAAAACCGUCAUCAAUAAAAGCUCAAUAGAUUCACUUUCUAGAAACGCUAGAAACUAUAAAAAAGAAAGUAGUCCAAAAACGAACCACCAGAAAUCUUCCAUGCCUCACAGUAACUCGUUCACUUUACAAGUAACGAGCGGUACUUCUUUUAAUGGUACCCCCGGGGCGAAUACUAAAAUAUUUGUACAGAAUUCACCGGUCAGAUCGGUUAUAACUUUCGAAAACGGACAGGUCGAGAAGAAUCCUAACGUGGUGAUUAUAAAUAAAGAAAAAGAAGAUAAGGAACCUAAACCUACGAAAAAUACGAACCAACAAGGUUUCAAUAACACCGAAACCAAAUUCGAAGGAAUGAAUAAUAACCGUAAAUUAUCCCUACAACUCCCUAGUAAAGACGGACUAAAUUACCACAACGUUAUAAAGAACGUCUCUCAUAAUAUCGUUAAUUCCAACCCGGAUUCUCCGAUAGCUAAUUCUUUUAGAGAAUUUUCUAAGAAUUCCUUCACCAGCACGCCGCCUAGUCCUACGAAAAGUUACGAAGGAAUCCCGAUGUUUUCUUCGAUUAAAUAUCAGAAAAACGAAGUGGGAUCCAAUUGUUUAGAUAAAGGAAAAAUAUUAGACAAAAACGUCGUCGGAUCCGAACCUAAUAUCUGUAUCAAAGAAAGAACUUUAACAAGGGAAAACAGCAAUCAUCAAUUUCCCAGUUUGAGUGACCUAAGUUUCAAUUUUACCAGUCUAACGGCGCAGAAAAUACUGAAAGGUGUCAGUAUAAACAGCGUGGAUACGCUAGUCGAACUUAAUAUGGCGGCGAAUCUUGAAAAACAAAAUAAUUGCGACGUGGUACAUACCGAUUUCGGUCUCGUGUAACUUCUGUUAACUUUUUAAUUAAAGUUAACGGUAAGGUUAAUCAAAAUUCGAUGAAAAGCGACUGCGAUACAGAAAUUGGCUCAAUAGGAAGCUACAUAAAAGUUAUUUAGGACACUCUGUACGUUCUUAACUAUUAGGGUAAUCCAUUUGCGGUCCCUUUAGCUCCUGGGGGCUACCAGAAUUAGAGCGUGACUGUUGUAUUUCUGUACCUAUAUGUCUCAUCAUCUCUUUCCUACAGUAUAAGCUCCAAGUUUUGCUAUUGCCCUCUAGUCUCAUAUGUCCAGGGCUCCAGAGGGAUUUUCAUCGUUAACUACCUUAUAACAAUCAACUUUGAUAAUGAAAAGAGUAAAAUUAACUACAGUAUAUAAGUUAACUGAAUAAAAAGCUAAAUACACCGAGUUAAAAGUUAUUUGGGACAAUCUUUAUUAUUUUUAUCGCCUCGUCGUUCUUAAUUAUCUAGGUAAUCUCUUUGAUUUAUCCAUAGCUCAUGAGGACUUCCAGAAUUGUAGCUUGAUCGUUGUUCAGGAUGUGUAUGAUAAUUCCAACUUUCAUUCCAUAAUAAUCUACGAUCUUAUUUGUGUUUCAAUCGAUUCCAAUGUGCCCUGGGAUUAGACGUACUCAGUUGCAGUAUUUCCUUCUUCCAGUAUGAAAGUUUCAGCUAAUCUGUAGCCUUAUGUCUUUCUCUUUCUCCUUUUACCACAUCUUAAGAUGUACUGAAGAAUUCCCAUUACAGUUUCGGGUUCUGUCAAUGAUUCAGUCACAUUGUCUUCUCUAAUGCUAAUUUUAUGAGACUCAAAUGUUUUCUAAGUAACGUUGAGACUCACUAUAUAUAAUAUAAUAUGGAAAUAAUUAGAAAUUUUGCUUGGGACGCCUAAUCUCCGCCUAAUUCCGAAUAAUUUAUAUAUUUAUAAGGUUAGGUGUCUAAAGUGAAGGUGUACAGGUGCACCAGUACUUAAAAGACAGUCAAAAAUGACCUAAAGAACUACAGACCAAAUUCUUUUAUUACUAAUAUGUUGAAUAUCUUCUGGUGGAACAAUUUUACAUCUAUCUUGGAAUAAAAUAAUCAGCAACUGUUAAUUUGUGUGUAGAAAGGGUUACUUGGUUUAUAAAUUGUUUCCAGUAACGCAAAUAUGUGGUAAAAAGGACUUUUAAUUCAUCUGCAAUAUGAAAUACCUGAGAGGUUUCAUGAAUGGAAAAUUCUCUACUAAAAUCUUUAUAUGGGACACUACAUUAACGCAAAUAUUAUGUGGUUAAAUUGCUUCGUAGGUAACAAAAAUUAAAUCACUGACAGUUUUGAUUCCUUAAAAACUAUUAUUUUAUUUUAGACACUCUAUAUUUCAAAAUUAUAUACUAAUCCAAAUAAUAUAUAGAAACUUUGUGCUUAGAAUGAAGAUCUGAAAGACAGGAGUGUAUCCACAAUGUUUUGAGGUAGCCAGGAAUGUACUAGAAACAGGGGUGAAAACCCCAUGGAAUUAUUAGAUAAUUAUGUAAAAAUUAACUCAGAACUCUAAUUGUUACUUCAUUAACAUACAUUUUAGCAAAAAUUCAAUGGGAGCGUUGGCUUUCCAUGGUUUUAGAAAGUUUGGAUCGUAACUUGUUGUUUUAAGUUUCAAAAAUGACUGUAAAUUUUCAUUUGUUAGAAAGCUUCUUACUCUACUUCUAAUAUAGAUAAUCAGUACUCCAAAUGUCAACUUCUUUGUUUUACUGUAGCAAUCUGGAAGACUAUUCCAUACGUUGUAUAUAAUUUAAAUUUACGUACAUACAUUUCUGGACCUCCAACUCUUGUAAAUAGUUUUUCAACUCUGUAAAUUUUCCACCACACAAAGUUUUACUUUUUAAAUCGAUCAAUUUAUUUGUAGAGAUCCAGUUUCAAUUUCAAAUGGCUCAAUGUAGAUUUCGUUACUAUUUGUGUUCAGAUAAUUUACUAUGAAUACUAGAGUGGUUUUUUUGCUUAAAUCUGUCAUCAAAUUCAUCUUUAUUUGAUGAAUGAACAGUUGCACUGAUUCUAUAGCGAUAUUGCUUUCAAAAUUGAAAUUGUAAUACCGCUUUGCAUAUCUUCAGAACAAACCAAUUCAUCCACUGAUAGCUUUCCAAUUCUUUGCAAUAAACUAAAAUGUUUGCAACCGUUUGUCGCUAUUCAAUUCAGGGAGUUAUUUAAUGUCUUUUUCAUUUAGGAAUAUAAUUAUUUCAUUCAAGCAUAAAGCAAAACGUUUCAACACCUGGCUACGAUAGUGAAGAUGCUAUUAACAAUAUUGAUAACCAAAUUCAUAAUCUCAACAAAGCGAUUCUUCCUGUAUUAUGCAUUACUACUACACAUUACAUUACAGAAUGGUACUUCUUUGCUAUCGAUCUUAGAAAAUUUCCAUCACUAGCAGCUUCAAGAGCUUUUUCUAACACCUCUUUUGUCCAUUUACCUGGAUAAUAUGAUAUUAUGUCUUAGUAUUCCAUACGGGGUAAUACCGGCCACUGACCGGUUUUGCCCGCUUAGAAUGAUUGACAUAACCUCAAAAUAUGAAAACGAUUUCUUUUGUUUGUCACGAAAAACGUGAAUAACUUUCACAAAAUCUAAUAAACACAUGGGAUACGAUAGUAAAUGUAUAGUAAUGAACUAUACAAAAUCUAUUGAAUGUUAUAAAUCACUUUAAAAUUACCUUUAAUUGUGUUUUUUAUUUUAUAACAAUAAAAUAAGUCCGUACUUUUACACGACUGUCAAACUCACUAAACGAAAUGUCAAAUUGGACUAAAUACCCAAAUAAAAUGUCAUAUAUUGAGAAAUAGAUUCUGUCAAUUUUAUUUGGGUGUCUCUAUAUGACAAAAUGAAAAUCUAACAAUGUAAACGUGGCCUAAAAAUUAUUAUACACAUUUUGAAAAUUAUUAUGUAUAAAACAGUUAGUUGAUAGUAUGAUUUUUGUAACUUUUUGUAUAUUUAUUAUGAUAUAUAAGAAAAAUGUAAUAAUACUUUAUUUACACAAAAUCUAAUUUUGUACAGCUUUAAUAAUAAAAUAUACUUAUA